AUGGCUACAAAAUUGCCAAAAUUCAUUCAUGCGCGGACUCCCAUAGCAUCGCAACUCAGACAGCAUUCCCGUGCCGUCUGUCAAUCUUCUUUGCAAUGGCGAAGACAUUACCAAGCGCCUGCUACUACAGGUAGCAUUGGCGUGCCAGACUUCGCCUUCGCAUUUGACAUCGAUGGCGUCCUCGUCCGUUCCUCUGCACCUCUUCCAGGGGCGUCGAAAGCUCUUCAAUACCUCCAGAAAGAGCGAAUACCAUUCAUCCUACUCACCAAUGGCGGCGGCAAGAGCGAGGAAGAACGAGCGGCAGAUCUAUCAGCAAAAUUAGACGUGGAGCUGGAUACAAGCUUGAUCGUGCAGUCUCACACGCCAUUCGCAGAAAUGAAGCAUCUGCACGACAAGACUGUGCUUGUGGUUGGAGGCGACUAUGACAAGUGCCAGCUUGUAGCGCAGAAAUAUGGCUUCAAGAAUGUGCUCACGCCAGGCGAUCUCGUCGUAGCAUAUCCUGAUAUCUGGCCGUUCAGUAAAGUCUUCCUGGACUACUAUAAGACUUUCGCGAAGGCAUUACCCAAGCCGAUCACAUCGCCGUCGAAUCCUGAGAGUGCUGGCGAUAAGAACAGACUGAAGAUUGAUGCGGUGUUCGUCUACAAUGAUCCGAGAGAUUGGGGUCUUGACGCUGCGGUGAUAUUGGACACGAUGCUCUCCAAGCAAGGAUAUCUGGGAACACUGUCCAGCAGGAAUGGAGACGUAAGCUUGCCGAACAAUGGAUAUCAGCAGGAUGGACAACCACCUCUAUACUACAGCAAUCCAGAUCUGUGGUGGGCAACAUCUUACCAUAUUUCUCGUUUGGGUCAAGGAGGCUUCAAGGGAGCCUUCGAUGGACUUUGGUCAGCAGUCACAGGAGGUGCAAGGCUCGAGCAGACUGUCAUUGGGAAGCCAUCACAAGAGACGUAUGAGUUUGCUGAGACGCGACUACGGAAGCAUCGCAAGGCGCUUUUCCGUCACAUUGGCCUGAAUGAUCCUCUACGGCAAGUAUACAUGAUCGGAGAUAACCCUGAGAGCGACAUUCGAGGUGCCAAAAAUUACCAGAGUCCGCAUGGCAGCAAGUGGACGAGCAUCUUGCUCAAGACUGGAGUGUACCAGGACGGCACAGAACCGUCAUGCAAGCCGGACGUGAUCAAAGACAACGUUUUGCAAGCCGUGGAGUGGGCAUUGAAGGAUGCGAAGAAGAGAUGACACCAUUAGAAUGACAUUGACAUAGACACGAUAGACGACUUCUAGAAGCAUCAAUUGACCAG